UAAAAUUUCAGGUGAAGCUCAGACGCACCGGAUCUUCUGACAAUCAACAGUAUAACAUAAUGUCAGACGAAGGCGCUUCCAAUAACGAGCUACUCUUGGCGGCAUGCAAGAACGAUCAGGAUGAUAUGGUUUCUGACAUCUUCAAGGAGGGAUCAUACGACAUCAACUUUAGAGACGGUGCCGGUAAUACAGCUGCACAUUAUGCAGCGAAGCAUGGAUCGUUAGAUUGUCUCGAACUGCUCGUUGGCCACGAUGGUAUUGACUUGGACAUCAAAAAUACUCUUGAAGGAGAUACACCUCUACAUAAGGCUGUCGAGUUUGCUGACGAUCCGGAUGUUGCUAUAGCUAUGGUCGAAAUACUGCUUGAGGCCGAGGCUGAUCCUAGGAUAAAAAAUCGAAACCAGCUUACUCCUAUUCAGCUGGUCAAUCCAAAUAACGAGGAAAUGAAGGACCUGCUCGAAAGUGCUGUGGUGUCUUAUCAAGUGGGUGACGAUGAUGUCGUCGAUGAAGACGACUAUGGAAGCGCUGAUGAAGAUGAAAUACCCAGUGAUGAUGAAUAGAUAUUCUAGUUUAGACCUGUUCGUUUAUGCAUAUGUUUAAGCUGGCGUGAACUUUUACCAUCUAACGCAAGUGUCACUAUCAAUGUAAAAGAUACAGACAAUCUACUCG